AUGGAACACGCAGGACCGUGCCAGUUGUGCCAUGGAACUGGACGGAAGAGGAGGUGGAAGUAUGACUCCUUUUGUUUGGAAAGCGUGAAGUAUUCCUGCAAGGAACCAAUGGAGGAGAUGAACAGCCAGCACCCAGGGCUCACUGGCCUGAGGAAUCUGGGCAACACCUGCUACAUGAACGCAAUUUUGCAGUGCCUUUGCAGCGUGCCACCGCUUGUGGAGUAUUUCCUCUCAGGAAAGCACAAAGCAGUCCUACACAAAGAGAAUGGUGAGUCUGCGACUGCCUUUGGCUGGUUGAUAUCCGAUAUGUGGCUUGGAGAGUUUGACUGUGUUUCCCCGGAGGUUUUUUAUUCAGUCCUUGGGAAGCGGUACCCAACUUUUGGCAAGAGGACGCAGCAGGAUGCACAGGAGUUUCUGAUCUGUGUGCUGAAUGAGCUCCACGAGGGUCUCAGGAAGUCGAGCAAAAGAAGGUGCGUAACUGAUGGAAAACCAAGCAGAGGGAGUGUCAGUGAAACAUCUAUUAUCACAAAGUUAUUUGAGGGACAACUCAGUUACGAUAUCAUGUGUCUGGAAUGCAAGACCACCAUCGACAGACCCGAGAGGUUCACUGUUCUUUCCCUGCCCAUCCCUUCCAAAAGCGCAUGCUCUCUGCAGGACUGUCUCAAAUGUUUCUUUCAGCAAGACAUACUGACUUGGAACAACCAAAUCCAGUGUUCCUGGUGUGGAACAAAACAAGAUGCUACAGUAAAGGCCACCAUAACCAAGGCACCGCAGAUCAUUAUUUUCCACUUAAAGAGGUUUGAAUGGCAAGGCAAGCACAAAAGGAAACUCUCAACUGACAUCUGCUAUCCACUCAGCAAUCUGGAUCUCUCUCCCUACAGUUCCCCACUUUUCUGCACGGAUGCAGAGUACAGCUUGUGUGCUGUAGUGAACCACUCUGGUUUUCUGGAUGAUGGCCACUACACGGCGUUCUGCAAGCACUCAGCCACCAAAAACUGGUACAACUUCGACGAUGCACAGAUCACCAAGAUCCCAAAUGCCUCAGUGCAGUCUGACACAGCGUAUCUCCUAUUCUACAUUUGUCAAGGCCUUCUCUGCACCCAUUAA